AUGGCCAAUGCAGGUAUUCAGCUUCUGGGCUUCACGCUGGCCUUCCUGGGCUUCAUCGGCUCGAUAGCAUCCACAGCCAUGGUGGAAUGGAAAGCUUCGUCGUAUUCAGGAGACAACAUCAUCACAGCUCAGGCCAUGUUUGAAGGGCUGUGGAAGACCUGUGUAUCCCAGAGCACCGGCCAAGUUCAGUGUAAAGUGUAUGAUUCACUUCUCCAACUACCAGGGAUUGUGCAGGGCACCCGAGGGCUGAUGCUGUGCUCCAUCAUGCUGUGCAUCAUUUCUAUCUUGGUGGCCGUGGUGGGAAUGAGGUGCACCACCUGUAUGAUAGAUCAACCGGAGCAGAAGGACAAAGUGGCUCUAGCUGGAGGGGUUAUCUUCAUUAUUGCUGGUCUGCUUGCUCUGGUGGGAACGUCUUGGUAUGGCCACAGAAUAGCCAAGGACUUCUACAACCCAUUCACCCCGACUAACUCCAGGUAUGAGUUUGGAAGCGCCCUGUUUGUUGGAUGGGGAGCUGCCUGUCUGAUCAUCAUAGGAGGGAGCUUCCUCUGCUGCAACUGCUCCAGCAAGGACUCAGGGAAAUCCCCGCGCUUCCCAGCGUCCCACUCCUCAGGCCAAGGCAAGGACUACGUUUAG